GGGGAAAGCCGGCCGGAAAAAACCGGGCCGCCGCCGCCGCUUCUCCUCCUCCUCACCGGCGCCUGCCCCAGUCCCGCUGCCCAGUCAGGAGGGACAGAUCCCAAUCGCUGUCGCCUCCGCUCGGCUCUCUCCAGUCGCACUCGAGCAUCGCCUCUCCGACUGCUGACCUUGUCCUCAGCGGGCCGACCCACUGCCGCGGCGCCCGGGGCCCGGCCGGAGGCGGGGAGCCGGCGGGGACAGCCCGCGGCGGUGGCGGCGGCCAGCGCGGCCGUCACCUACGAGACGUGCUGGGGCUACUACGACGUGAGCGGCCAGUACGACAAGGAGUUCGAGUGUAACAACAGCGAGAGCGGCUACCUGUACUGCUGCGGCACCUGCUACUACCGCUUCUGCUGCAAGAAGCGCCACGAGAAGCUGGACCAGCGCCAGUGCACCAACUACCAGAGCCCGGUGUGGGUGCAGACGCCCAGCACCAAGGUGGUGUCGCCGGGGCCCGAGAACAAGUACGACCCCGAGAAGGACAAGACCAACUUCACCGUCUACAUCACCUGCGGGGUGAUCGCCUUCGUCAUCGUGGCCGGCGUCUUCGCCAAGGUCUCCUAUGACAAGGCCCACCGCCCUCCGCGGGAGAUGAACAUCCACAGGGCUCUGGCUGACAUCUUAAGACAACAGGGACCAAUCCCCAUAGCACACUGUGAAAGAGAAACGAUCUCGGCUAUCGAUACCUCUCCCAAAGAGAACACGCCGGUCAGAUCGUCCUCUAAAAACCACUACACCCCCGUGCGUACGGCCAAGCAGACUCCAGGACAUUAUGGGAAGGAUGCUUACCGAAGUGGAGGACCUGAUCUCCAUAACUUCAUCUCAUCUGGAUUUGUCACAUUAGGAAGAGGACACACGAAGGGUGAUCAUCAGUAUAACCAUCCGAUUUUAAGCAGUGCUACCCAGACCCCUACACAUGAGAAGCCACGGAUGAACAACAUCCUGACAUCGGCCACCGAGCCCUAUGACCUUUCCUUCUCCCGGUCCUUCCAGAACUUGGCCCACCUGCCCCCGUCCUAUGAGUCUGCAGUGAAGACCCACCCCAGCAAGUACUCAUCCCUGAAGAGGCUAACUGACAAGGAGGCUGAUGAGUAUUACAUGCGGAGACGGCACCUGCCCGACCUGGCCGCCCGCGGCACCCUCCCCCUCAACGUCAUCCAGAUGUCCCAGCAGAAGCCGCUGCCACGAGAGCGACCUCGCCGGCCCAUCCGGGCCAUGUCCCAGGACAGGGUCCUGUCGCUAGAGCGGGGCCUGCCGGAUGAGUUCGGCAUGCCCUAUGACCGCAUCCUGUCCGAUGAGCAGCUGCUCUCCACGGAGCGCCUGCACUCCCAGGACCCGCUGCUGUCCCCGGAGCGGACGGCCUUCCCGGAGCAGUCCCUGUCGCGGGCCAUCUCACACACGGACGUCUUUGUGUCCACGCCCGUGCUGGACCGCUACCGCAUGACCAAGAUGCACUCCCAUCCCAGUGCCUCCAAUAACUCCUACGCCACCCUGGGCAAGAGCCAGACGGCAGCCAAGCGCCAGGCCUUUGCCUCGCGCAGACACAACACGGUGGAGCAGCUGCACUACAUCCCAGGCCACCACACCUGCUACACAGCCAGCAAGACGGAAGUGACGGUGUGACCCCCAGGAGGGGCGGGCCACUGGGUGGGGCAGGGCAGGGGUCAGGAGGGGCCUGGAGCAGAGCUUCCAGCCCUGUACAUCUCCUGUCCCUUGUCCCCUCCAUAGGAGCUGGGGGUGGGCCAGCUUUGCCCAGAAAGCCAUACUCCCGGGGGACACAGCCCGGUGGCCUGGCACAGCAUGCUCAGACAUGAGAUCUAGAGCGAUCGCUCUCACUCUUCCAGAAGUGUCAACGGGGAGUGAGGAGAGGGUAUAGGCCCCAGUCUCACCCUCACCACCGUCACCAACUCCCUUGCAGUCCCAUGUCCCCUCUCCCUCUCCUGGGGGCUCAGCUGCAGGUUCUGUCAGCCAAGAGACCCUGGCCUGACCCUGGUCUGAGGCUGCCUGGGUUUGAAUUGGCCAGUGGGUACAGCUGACCCAAUAGACUACUCAGUCUCCUUCAUUUACCUAGAACCGCAUCACAGAAAUCUUCUAGUGCCUAAAAACUGCCUGCUCGCUCUCUCAGAGCCAGGGAGCUGCUGUGUCCAUAAGCACAAUAACGAUUCUCUUCUGCCUGCUGGAACUCUCUGGUCCCCACUGAGUGGCCCUUCCUUUGCUGACACCUAUGGGCCCCACCCUGGCCCUGUGCCCCUCCCCCAAGCCCAGGACAGGGAGGGGUUACCCCCUUCGGCUGCCUCCCCAUUGCUGGGCACCUAGCCCAGUUCCAGCUGGCUGCUCCACCUACAAGGCUCCCCUGGCCUCUCCUCUGGGGGACUUUGCCCCUCCUCUAGCCCUUAAUGUUUCACCCCUGAGUCCUCUGGCGCCUCACUCUAGCCCUCCCAUAGGAGAGUAGCGAUGGGGUGCAGGGACUUUUGGGGUGCCCUCCCCAGCAACCUGAUUAUCUCCACACUUCCUCUGGGCCUCUAGGUCUGAACUAUGACCCGCCACUCAGGCCUGCCUUCCCCUCCCCCACUCUGCACCCUAGAGGGGUCUGCCCAUGUCCAGAGACCAGUGGGUGGGGAGGGCCACUGUGAUGCCCUGGGUCUCAGGGGCCCACCAUUCCCAUAAUCCAGGGCUCCGCCUGUCUCCCACU